AUGAGUAGCGAUACCCCCUUGCUCAGUCAAGAUGCUGGUGAUCCUUACUACGAGGACGAGCAACGAGCAUUCGCGGAGAGGUGGAAGUCCGGCUACCACCGGGUCCAGACGGCGAUAUCUCGCUUCACCAACUCUCGCACGAAGCACUGGAUCCUGCUAGUCCUCAUCAUCCUUGACGUUGCCGGGAUCUUGAGCGACAUCUUCAUCGCCCUCAUCACGUGCGAGAUAGGCGUCGAAGACGACGAAUGGGUAGCUCCGACGAGGAAUGCUCUAGCCACCUUCUCGUUGGUCAUGAGCUGCGUCUUCCUCGCGGAACUGGGCUUAUCCGUCUUCGCCGACGGCUGGGGGUACUUCCGGAGCUGGUUUCACAGGUUCGACGCCUUCGUGGUCGUGGCCGGGCUCGCAGUUGACCUGGUCGAGAAUAACACGGCGGAGGAAAUCGCUUCGUUGAUCGUCAUCCUACGUCUGUGGCGUUUCGUCAAGAUCGUCGACGAGUUCUCCGUCGAGGCCUCUGAGGAGAUGGAGGAGAUGCGCAAGCGUAUCGAGGACCUGGAGUCGCGUAAUGCGGCUUUGGAGGCACAGGUUGCGCAGAGAUAG